GGAUAGGCCCUUCGCAAGGCUCUGACUUGGAUGGUGGCCGGCGGGGGACAUUAGGCUCACGCAGCUGAGCGAAGGGUGCGAGACGCAGCCGCUGCUGUGCAGGGGAGCCGGAGCGGCGGGGUCCCGGGGCUAUGGCGGCGGCCUCUGCAGUGUCGAUGCUGCUGGUGGCGGCGGAGGCGAACCGGUGGCAGCGUCUCCCCUGCCUGCUGCUGCCGCCCAGGAGAUGGGCUUGGAUGCAAAGAACCAUGAAGUAUGCAACAACCACAGGAAGAAACAUUACCAAGGUCCUCAUUGCAAACAGAGGAGAAAUUGCCUGCAGGGUGAUGCGAACAGCCAAAAAAAUGGGUAUACAGUCUGUGGCGGUUUAUAGUGAGGCCGACAGGAAUUCCAUGCAUGUAGAUAUGGCAGAUGAAGCAUAUUCCAUCGGCCCUAGUCCCUCCCAGCAGAGCUACCUUUCUAUGGAGAAAAUCAUUCAAGUGGCUAAGAUCUCUGCUGCGCAGGCUAUCCAUCCAGGAUAUGGUUUUCUUUCAGAAAACAUGGAAUUUUGUGAACUUUGUAAGCAAGAAGGGAUUAUUUUUAUAGGUCCUCCUUCAUCUGCAAUUAGAGACAUGGGUAUAAAAAGCACAUCCAAAUCCAUAAUGGCUGCUGCUGGAGUACCUAUUAUAGAAGGUUAUCACGGCGAGGACCAAUCAGACCAAUGCCUGAAAAAACAUGCUGGGAGAAUCAGUUACCCUGUCAUGAUUAAAGCCGUCCGUGGUGGAGGAGGAAAAGGUAUGAGGAUUGUUAGAUCAGAAAAAGAAUUUCAAGAAGAGUUAGAAUCUGCGCGGAGAGAAGCUAAGAAGUCUUUUAAUGAUGAUGCUAUGUUGAUCGAGAAGUUUGUGGAAACACCAAGGCACGUAGAAGUCCAGGUGUUUGGUGAUAACCAUGGCAAUGCCGUGUACUUGUUUGAAAGAGACUGCAGUGUGCAGAGGCGACAUCAGAAGAUCAUUGAGGAGGCCCCAGCGCCUGGUAUUAAACCAGAAGUAAGAAAAAAGCUUGGAGAAACUGCAGUCAGAGCCGCUAAAGCUGUAAAUUAUGUCGGAGCAGGAACUGUGGAGUUUAUCAUGGACUCAAAGGACAAUUUCUACUUCAUGGAAAUGAAUACAAGACUGCAAGUAGAACAUCCUGUUACUGAGAUGAUCACAGGAACUGACUUGGUGGAGUGGCAGCUCAGGAUUGCAGCGGGAGAGAAGAUUCCUUUGAUCCAGGAAGAAAUAACUCUGCAAGGCCAUGCCUUUGAAGCUAGGAUAUAUGCAGAAGAUCCUAACAACAACUUCAUGCCAGGGGCUGGACCAUUGGUGCAUCUCUCUACUCCUCAAGCAGACCAUUCCACUAGGAUCGAAACUGGAGUUCGGCAAGGAGAUGAAGUUUCAGUGUAUUAUGACCCCAUGAUUGCGAAGCUGGUCGUAUGGGCUGCAGAUCGCCAGAUGGCCUUGAGAAAACUGAGGUACAGCCUUCGUCAGUACAAUAUUGUUGGACUGCACACCAACAUUGACUUCUUACUCAAGCUGUCUGGCCACCCAGAGUUUGAAGCUGGGAAUGUGCACACUAAUUUCAUCCCUCAACACCACAAAGACCUGUUACCCAGUCGGAAGGCUGCAGCCAAAGAGGUUUUAUGCCAAGCAGCUCUGGGUCUCAUCCUCAAGGAGAAAGCUCUGACAGAUGCUUUCAGACUUCAGACACAAGAUCAAUUCUCUCCGUUUUCAUCCAGCAGUGGAAGAAGACUGAAUUUCUUGUACACCAGAAACAUGACUCUUAGAGAUGGUAAAAAUAAUGUAGCAAUAGCUGUGACAUACAACCAUGAUGGAUCGUAUAGCAUGCAGAUUGAAGAUAAAACUUUCCAAGUCCUUGGUGAUCUUUAUAGUGAGGGAGACUGCACUUACCUGAAAUGUUCUAUUAAUGGAGUUGCUAGUAAGACUAAGCUAAUUAUCCUGGAAAACACUAUCUACCUAUUUUCCAUGGAAGGAAGUGUUGAGAUUGGCAUUCCAGUCCCCAAAUACUUGUCCUCUGUGAGCUCAGAAGGAACUCAGGGAAGCACCAUUGCUCCUAUGACCGGAACCAUUGAAAAGGUGUUUGUCAAAGCUGGAGACAAAGUGAAAGCUGGAGAUUCUCUAAUGGUUAUGAUCACCAUGAAGAUGGAGCAUACCAUAAAGGCCCCAAAGGAUGGCACAAUAAAGAAGGUGUUCUAUGGAGAAGGUUCUCAGGCCAACAGACACUCUCCUUUAGUAGAGUUCGAGGAGGAAGAAUCUGACAAAAGGGAAUCAGAAUAAAUUCCAGCAAAGAAAUGGCCGAUUAAGUGGUAUCUUCUCUCUAUACCAAAAAGAGAAAGUGCCUCCUGCUUUUCUCGAGGUCUUAUAAACAACAGUUUUACUAAAUGAUUGUGUGAUUGUACUAAAUCCCUUUCAUAUUUGAGAAUCAUGCAUUUGGGUCGCAAAUCAAAUAAAUUAUCUCAAAAUAUUUCAUACUAAUAAAGUUGAAUUAUACUUUUUAUUGGAAG